GUAAACAGUAACCAAGGACGCUUUUGUGAUUUUUACAAGAAAAGUAGUUAAAGGGCUGCUCCUUUCAUGCAAGGGGCACUUCUAUUUAUAAGGGGAUUAUAGCCAAGAUAAAUCUUAAGUGUUUAAAAGCUGAGAAGGUCUGAAUUCAACAUGGAGGUUCAAAAACCACAAUCAAAUGUGUCAUUUAUGACUACCUUAGAUCGUGAAUUAUUCCCAACUAAGAUGCCACCUAAUAGAUUUGGAAAUGAAACUAUUCCGUUAAGAGGUGCCCCACAUCGAGGACCAGGUUGUUAUGAUAAUGAAGAGAAAACUAAUUUUUGGUAUGAUAUAGAACACAAGAUAACAAGUGAAAAAGGUUAUACAUUAGGAGCUAGAACAGCUGCUAGGAUACCAGAAGUAGUUAUUUCCAAGACUCCCUGCCCCACAACAUAUCAAACACACUGUACAGAUCCUAAAACAUUUACUACCUCUAAAAAACCAUUUGAAGUUGGUGCAGAGAGAGUAAUAUCACAGAGAACAGAGGCAGGACCUGGGCCAGGAGCUUAUGAACACAGUACACCUAAAAAUAGACAAGUACAAUGGCACCAAUCAUUUGGUGGAGCACCUAUAAAAACACCUGAAAUCAGUGUUCAGAGUACAAUUAAUAAAAAUACUGACAAGUUGUUUAGCACUAAAGAAGAAAAGAAAUACCAUCGUAAACUAGCGUAUUUAAAACUAUACUAUGACUGAACUGAGCACUGGUUCUUAAUAUUACGAAAUAGUCACAUCACAUCAGGCAAGUCUUGGUAUUUGGACAUAUUUGCCAUUCAUGUCUGACAACACUGUUAAAUAUCUUCUCUUCAAUCUGAUUAUAAAUCCAUAUUUCAUUUUACUUUUUAAAGAGACUAAAGUCUUCCUUUAGUUAAUGGUUUCUCCUCUGAAUUAUAAUUUGUGUUAUAAUCAAGUUUAUUUUGACAAAUAUCUGCUAAUUUGAACUUCUCCAUUAAAAUACUGGCUUAAAAGUGUAAAUGCACAAUUUGGCGUCCAUGAUGUUAUUUUAUGAUAAACUGUAACCUGUGUUUUUAUUUUAUAUUUUUAAAACCUCUCUCAUCAUGUUAUAAGUGAAAUUAUUAGUUUGUUAAUGAAAGAUGUUAUAUAUUAUAAUGUUAUUAAAGUUAACAUGUUGUUUGAUUAUAUCAGCUAUAGUCCACUAGAUACUUGGUGUAUAUCCUGACUGAUUCAAAACUUAAACACAAGCAUUCCACUUUAUUAUAGGCAGAAUAUAUAAUAUUAGAUAUAAUAAAAUCUGUUUAUAAUUUGAUUCAGACUCAAUGUUCUAAUAUAUCUUUGUUUCUCUAAAUGCUAUUAUGUGUUAAAAUAUUAAAUUAUUUAUAAAUUAUAAAGUAUUUGUAUGUUUUUAUUCACCACUCUAACUUCCUGCCUGGUUCCAGUCAUACUUAUUGACAUCUCUAUUACCAAAACAGUUACCAGUAAGCUUGAGAGAGCAGAUAUUAAAUGAAAUAAGAGUUUUAUAUUCUU